AUGGAGGCCCGGGGUGGAGGUGCGAAUACGGGCACGAGGAACAUCAGAAGGCGGAGGCCGCGCACGAUAAAAAGCGAGCUUGUAACUGGCAAUUUCGCUCGGGAAGCCGAUAAUGCUCCGGCCUGCUUGCUGCUGGUCGGCCUGAGCGACUUCGUUGUAUGUUGUGGGGUCGAAGCGCAAUUGGGGUGGCUCGUGGUUAAAAAGGAACGAGGCAAGUGCCGGGCAGGGCUGGGCUGGGUAGCGGCGGCAGCGACCGAGGCAAAUAGGCCGACAGCCAGGAGGGUGCUCGAAGGGGAUUGCCCCAAAUGUCCUGGCCUUUGCGUGCGGGGCAGCGUCGACAAUCAGUCGGCGGUUGAAGCGUUCGGUAUUUCGCAGGCCGGUUCAAUCGAGCGAGCGAUGCUUGAGUGGAAGAAGGAUUUGCGUGACGUGGGGCAGUUGCCACAUUAA